AAGCCAAAUUUUGUGUUUCCUCGGAAUUGCCUCGGAAAUUCCUCGGUAUAUUCCGAGGAAUUCAUUUUCCGUCGGAACAUCCGUCAGAAUACCGCUGUUUUCUUGUAGUGAGAACAAUGUUGCUCAGCUUUUAUCUGGUUGACUGGAUCAAGGAGAUGAUGGUGAAAUCACAUGAUAGUAUAUAUUAUUGAUCCUAUCUUCCCGGAGUUUCCAACAGUGAAGGAACUCAAACGGAUUUGUUUUUCCUUCAAAGAUUGCUUCAAAAUCAAAAGUCGAAAAAAAAAACCCUCAAAUCAAACCAACAUUUUAAGGAAAACCGGUUUAGUUUCAAUUACCGGAAGAGAAACCAUACCAUUAAACCGGUAAUAUAUAAUUGGCCUAAAGUGGUUCUUCUACGACACUUCACCAAUCACCAUCAAGCUCCUUCUCUCUGUCUCUCUCUCUCUCUCUGUUUAUACAAACAUCUUGGGAGGUAAUCACUGUAUCGGUACUAGUACGUAUCCAGUUUGAAAUUCGCGGUUUAAAUUUUUUUAUUUUCUGCACGUUCUCUCUACCGUCAAAUCAGAGGAUCUAUAAUGUUUGCAUGUUUUGUUUUCUCACGUUCUUAUGGCAGGGAUCUGAAUUAGAUAUGAAUUGGGUUCAACGCAAAAUCUAUCUUUACAACGUCACAUUUGGGCUUUACAUGCUUGAUUGGUGGGAACGAUACCUCUUCAAUUCUUUGGUUGUAAUCCUGAUGUGGUUUAUUCUGUACAAUGGAUCUCGCUACUUCUUGGAGCUUUGCAAGAGACAUCUUUCUUGAAACCAGGUCAUAGUUAUCAAUGCCAUGGAAGCAUGAAAACGACAUGGUCGUCUGAGACCUGUGCCAACAAAAACACAUUUGUUCUGCUUUUUCUUAACCUGCUUCUUUGGUAUCAUAUCUGAGCAUGCAACUGUCCAUAUAUGUCUUUCUUUAUCACUUGUUUCUCCCUAGUUUUGAAUUUCCUUUGUUCUACUCCACUUCCAGUUCAUAUUUUGAGACAUGAUUAGUUCCAUCUUUUGAUGCUUACAUUUGAUGAACUCAAGUUUUCAGGUGGUUUCUUGGUAUUGUUGAGUAAAAUUAUUGGCA